AUGAGGCGACCUCAAGGAAGAGGUCUAGAGUUGGCUAGAAAACAUAUAGCGUCCUGCAUUUCAGAGCUAGGAACCAUUCUUAAAUCAGCAGAAUUCCUAAUGUCUAACUCCUAUGGAACUUGCAAAGAUGGUACAGAAGAUAGAACAACUGCUUCUGGCUGUCAAGCUGUUGGGUUCGAUGCUAGCUUAAACAGCAGAAUUUCAGCCCCAACUCCACCCCGUUCAAUUAAAAUUCUUAGUUGGAAAAAGGCCAUUGAGUAUUUUGAAAAACUUCUUCAUGAUCUAGAUAUUAUUUGUUCAUAUCCGCUGGACCCUUCUUUGGAAGUUCUUUUGCGCUUUGUAGUUCAAUUUCAAAAAGCAGAACCUGAUUUGGUUGCAAGAGCACAUCUCCAGCUUCUGUUGGUUCAAGAUGGAAAACUCUAUGGUCGGUAUCCAAUGUUUUCUGUGAUUACUAGAGCUGCACGGUUGCCUGAGGUCAUUCUGCACCAUGAGAUUCAGAAGAAUGAAUAUGUUGUACAGUUAGGACAGCUAGAGCUUGCUUUCAGAAAGGAGUUUGGAGAAGGCUCGAGCGUUUCAAAUGGCGAGAAUGCAUCAGCAAGAAUAUUAAAACGCAUUCUCAUUUGGGUGGAGGAGCAAACUUAUUGGAUUGCUCAUCGAUUUCUCAUUUUGGGUUUCGAAUUAGAGCUCUAUUCUCCCAGUGAAUAUUGCAUGGUGUAUUGGUAUCUGUAUGCUGUCUUGAUCAGGCUUGCAGAGAAAACACAUCAGAAGAUGACAGUGAGCGAUGGCAAUGAAGGGAAAGAAAAAAAGGAUUCUCCAAAGGAUCUGGCAAGAGAAGCUCGGAUCCCGCCAGCAAUCUCUUUUCUUCAAUGCCAAAUAUGUCUUGCUGAAGGACUCACACUGCUGCUCGCUGCUUUGAGGAAUGAACUGAUGGUUUUACGAUCUCCCAGCCCCUUUAAUUCUGAACAUGAGACUUUAGUUAUGUACAAUUAUUUCAAGGAUGCUCAGAAGAUUGCAAAGGAGGUCAAGAGUAGUUUCUCCAAUGAUCCAGACAGAUUAGCCGAACUUCGGAUAUUGGAGCAGGUUGCAGAACACAAUAGUAUUGCCCUAAAUGUGAUUUGCCGGGUCGGAGCUCUUGAUCCGUCUCUCAAGGAUGGCAUCUUUUCAAUCACUGCUGGCUGGUAUAGCUGUGUUCCACGUGGCACCAACUGUGACGGUGAUGAUCUAACAGCUCUGCCCACCACUUCCUCCAAGCUAAUUCUGGAAUUGAGAGGGGGAGAGAAUGUCAGGUGGAACCCAAAAAGUUUGAGGAAAGCACUUGGUGCCCUCAAGGAUACUACCACUGUUUCAUUGGCCAAAGUCAAUAGUGAUUACAAGGAAUUGGACAUUUCUAUAGUUAAGGCCACAAAUCACUACGAGCGACCUGCAAAGGAAAGACACAUCAGAGCUAUUUUUGCUGCUGUUUCAGCUACUAGACCUCGGGCUGAUGUUGCAUAUUGCAUCCAUGCUGUUGCACGGCGUUUAUCGAGGACACAUAACUGGGCGGUUGCAUUGAAAACUUUAAUUGUUAUUCAUCGUGCUUUGAGAGAAGUGGACCCCACAUUUCAUGAAGAAAUCAUUAAUUAUGGAAGAAGCCGAAGUCAUAUGCUCAACAUGGCUCAUUUCAAAGAUGAUUCCAGUCCAAAUGCAUGGGAUUAUUCUGCCUGGGUUCGCACCUAUGCCUUAUUUUUGGAGGAGAGGUUGGAAUGCUUUCGAGUGUUGAAGUAUGAUGUCGAGAUGGAUCGACCUAGGACCAAAGAUCUGGACACUGCUGAAAUACUGGAGCAGUUGCCAGCUUUGCAACGGCUUCUUUUCCGUGUUCUUGGUUGUCAGCCACAAGGUGCAGCAGUCAAUAACUUUGUCAUUCAGUUGGCACUCCAAUUGGUUGCUUCGGAGAGCAUUAGAGUUUACCAAGCUAUAAAUGAUGGUACUGCCAAUUUGGUUGACAAGUUCUUUGAGAUGCCACGCCAUGACGCUGUGAAGGCUCUGGAAAUAUACAGAAGGGCUUGCCAGCAGGCAGAGAGCCUUUCAGAAUUUUACGAGGUAUGUAAAAGCAUGGAUAUUGGACGUGGAGAAAGGUUUAUAAAGAUCGAGCAGCCUCCUCCAUCAUUCCUACAAACCAUGGAAGAGUACGUGCGGGAUGCUCCAAGGGUGUCAACAGUUCUAAAGGAUCAGUUCGUGGAUAAUAAAAUUGCAGCCCCCAAGGAAAUCUUAGCCAUAGAGUACAAAAAGGAACCGGAGGUAGUGGAGAAAAGCCCGCCAUCACCACCUCCACCUGAACCAGUAAAAGUGGAAGAGCCUGUUGCUCAACCACCUGAUUUGUUGGGUUUGGAUGAUCCUGUUCCAGUUGCUUCAGAGCUAGAUGAGAAGAAUGCCCUGGCUCUUGCCAUUGUUCCAGUUGCUGAGCAACAAAGUACUGCUGUCCCAAGUCAUGCAAAUGGAACUACAGGCUGGGAGUUGGCACUUGUUACGGCACCUAGUUCAAAUGAAAAUGCUGCUGCUGCUAGCAAACUGGCUGGAGGGCUCGAUAAACUUACAUUAGACAGCCUCUAUGAUGAUGCAAUUAGAAGGAGCAGUCAGCCUGCGAGCUACAAUCCUUGGGAGUCAGCCCCAAUGGCUAAUCCCACGAUGCAAACAGCUGUACAUGAUCCUUUCUUUGCCUCCAGCAUGGUGGCUGCACCACAUUCAGUGCAAAUGGCACAAAUGGCCAGCCAACAGCAGGCUUUCAUGUUACAGCAGCAGCAGCAACAGCAGCAGCAGCAGCAGAUGAUGAUGAUGAUGGGCCAGCAACAGCAUCAACCUUCAAAUCCUUUUGGCAACCCUAACCUCUAUGGAAGCAGUGUCCACCCCUAUGGAUCAGGUAUGCCGCCUGUUCAAGCUCACUAUCCAUAUUCGGGCCUUAUUUAG